AUGGCAGCUACCACCACCACAUCAUCAUCGCCGGCGGCGGAGGAGACGGCAGCAAGAGAGUGGGCGUGGCUCCCCUGCAACGUCCUCGACUCUGUACUUUCCCACCUCAUCUCCUUACAAGACUACCUCCGAUUCACCUCCGUGUGCCAGCCGUGGAAUUCAACAGCCCAAGCCCAAAUACGACGCCGCAUCGCCACCAGCCAGAACCAACCUCCCCUGUUAUUGGUCCCGACACAGAACCGCAGCUGCCGGCGGCGAAUUCUAUACAGCGUCACGGCAAACAAGCUCCUAAUUAACCACACCCUCCAAAUCCCUUACCACAGAAGGUGCUGUGGUUCCUCCCACGGCUGGCUCGCCUUCUUGGGGAAGGACUAUUUCGUCACCCUCUACAACCCUUUCACCAAAGCUCGAAUCUUUCUCCCCCAAAUUCUCCCGUCCCCUGACUGCAUCAAAACGUCCGCCGAUCGCGCCAAGUACGAUCGGCGUCAGGAAAUUGAUCCUAUCGGCCGACCCUUCCAUAUCCCCCGACGGCGAUUUCAUCGUCGCCGCUGUUCUCGGCGAGUUUGGAACUCUGGCCGUGAUGGGAGCAGGGGAGAAAGAAUGGAAGCACGUUAA